UCAGCGCCGGAAGUUGUGCGUCAUGGAGGAGUAACGUGAGCUUAUCCGCCUCUGCUGUCUCGAGGUAAGGCAGUUGUUGGCCUACCUCCUCCGCUGCCCUGCUGGCCGGGUUGAAAGCCGUGGAUGUGGGCCUCAGGUGAGGAAAUUCAGACUGGGGAGGUGAAGUCACUUGCCUCAAGAGGAACAGCUGAAUAAUGACUCGGGUAUGCUGGUUGGUGAGACAGGACAGCCGGCACCAGCGUAUCAAGCUUCCACAUUUGGAAGCAGUCAUUGUUGGGCGAGGCCCAGAGACCAAGAUCACUGACAAGAAGUGCUCUCGACAGCAAGUACAAUUGAAAGCAGAAUGUAACAAAGGAUAUGUCAAGGUAAAACAGGUAGGGGUCAAUCCCACCAGCAUUGACUCAGUCAUAAUUGGUAAGGACCAAGAGAUGAAGCUGCAGCCUGGCCAGGUUCUCCACAUGGUGAAUGAACUUUAUCCAUAUGUUAUAGAGUUUGAGGAAGAAGCAAAGAGCCCUGGCCUGAAAACACACAGGAAGAGAAAGAGGUCAGGCAACAGUGAUUCUGUAGAAAGGGAUGCUUCUCAGGAAGCUAAGCCCAGUACAGGAGCAGAACCUGGGAGCAACCCUAGCCAGUGCUCUGUGCCCCCAAAGAAGGAAAAGGAUGCAGCCACCAAAAAGGAAUCAUCGGGCCACUGGAGUCAAGGCUUGAAGAUUUCCAUGGAGGACCCCAAAAUGCAGGUUUACAAAGAUGACCAGGUGGUGGUGAUUAAGGAUAAAUACCCCAAGGCUCGUUACCACUGGCUGGUCUUACCAUGGGCCUCCAUUUCCAGUCUGAAGGCUGUUACCAGAGAACACCUUGAGCUCCUCAAACACAUGCACAUUGUGGGUGAAAAGGUGAUUGCAGACUUUGCUGGCUCCAGCAAACUCCGCUUCCGAUUGGGCUACCACGCCAUUCCCAGCAUGAGUCACGUACACCUUCAUGUGAUCAGCCAGGACUUUGAUUCUCCUUGCCUUAAAAACAAAAAGCAUUGGAAUUCUUUCAAUACCGAAUACUUCCUGGAAUCACAAGCUGUGAUUGAGAUGGUACAAGAGGCUGGCAGAGUGACUGUCCGAGAUGGGAUGCCUGAGCUCUUGAAGCUGCCCCUCCGUUGUCAUGAGUGCCAGCAGCUGCUGCCUUCCAUCCCUCAGCUGAAAGAGCAUCUCAGGAAGCACUGGCCAAAGUGAUUCUGCAGCAGGUGUGGCUGGUUGUUUACAGCAAAUUCCUGGCACCUCUUUGGAAUUAAAUGUGAAUUUUUAUUUCUUGAAUUAAAACAUACUUUUUUUU